AUGUCAAGCUAUGUCGCAGUUAAUAAUGAUGAGACUCAUUGUAAAUCACUAAAUUUAAAUGGAACUAUGCAUGAAAACAAAUUUGUGACAAAUGUUCACUUAGGACGUAUCACAUUCAGUCGACCGAUUGCAGAUUGGGAUUCACUAAUGUCUAAACAUACUAACUCAAGCAUUAAGAAAAGUCAUUGUUGUUUAAAAUCAUUAUCAUGUUGUAGUAAACAACAAUGGAAAUCAUAUUCGAUAUACUUUAUCAAGUCUAUAUUUCCAUAUUUUUUGAAAGAUAUCUCCGGUGGUUUGACAAUAGGCGUUAUGAAUAUCCCACAAGGUAUGGCAUAUUCAUUACUCGCUGGUUUACCACCUGUUUAUGGAUUGUAUAUUGGUUUUUUAAGUCCAUUGUUCUAUGCAAUUUUCGGACGUUGUACACAAUUUUCUAUGGGUACAUUUGCUGUUGUAAGCCUACUGAUUGUUGGCCCAAUUGAACAGCAUAGUUCAAAAGUCGCAGUUAAUCAUCAUAAUUCCAUCAUAAAUUCAAACUCUACACUAGUUGAAGAUAUAAUAACUAACAAGUUGCCACUACAAUAUUCAGAACCAAGAGCAAUUGUAGCCGUGACGCUUACUUUCCUAGUUGGAAUUAUACAACUUAUUAUUGGCUUUUGCCAACUGGGUACAUUUACGUCAUAUUUAGCGCCAUCAAUGGUAUCUGGUUAUACAUCGGGCGCAGGUUUUCAUGUGUUAAGCAGUCAAAUCUGUUCAUUGUUCGGUGUAAAGUCUGCAAAGAAAUAUCAAGGACCUGGUUCAUUCUUUAUGGUCUAUGUGAAUUUGUUCAAAAAUAUACGUGAGACAAAUUUGUUCACACUACUUAUAUCUGCUGCAUCGAUUGCGUUCUUAAUGAUUAUUAAAUUUUGUGCUGAACCCCUACUGAAACAAUAUAUAGAUUUGAAGAUUCCAAUACCUAGUGAAUUGAUUUUGGUUGCUUUAGGCACUAUAAUUUCUGGUACAUUAAAUUUACACUCUACUAAGAAUGUUUCAAUUGUAGGAUAUAUUGCGAGCGGAAUGCCACAGGUGACAGUACCCCAUUGGAGCAUAAUUCCAGAUUUACUUCCAGAUGCUAUUUUAAUUGGAUUUGUUAGUACGUUCCUGUCGGUUUCCUUAGUUAAAUUAUUCUCUUUAAAGUACAGAAAUAAAGUUAAUUUUAAUCACGAAAUCUUAUCACUCGGUAUUAUAAAUACAUUCACAUCAUUUUUCUCUUGUUUCGUCCAAUCUGGUAGUCUUUCUCGUAGUAUGGUAUUAGCGGGAACAAAAACCAGAACACCGCUAUCAGGUAUAUUUAGUUCAAUGUUGAUUGUAUUUGUACUGUUAUUUUUGGGCCCGUAUUUUGAAGCAACACCAUCAUGUAUUUUAUCUGCUAUAAUUGUGGUAGCAUUGAAAAAUAUCUUGACACAACCGAAGAAACUACCAUAUCUAUGGAAUACUUAUAAACCAGAUUUUUUUCUAUUCACUGUAACGUUUUUGGGCACUAUCAUACUUGAUGUAACUUACGGUCUGUUAGUUGGUCUAAUCUCUUGUCUUAUUGUAUUAACGGAAAGACAGCGAAGCAUCAAACUACUGGAAUUGUGCAAUAUCUCAGGCACAGAACUUUAUGUUCAUAAACAUUAUGAACUAUUAACCAAAACGCAAAUAGACAAAACUCAAUCUGAUUAUCUAUUGUCAUCGAUUAAAGCAAUACGUGUUCUAGGUUCAUUAAACUUUUCAUCAGCUGAAAACUUCACAAAUCGCAUUUACAAGACAAUUAAUAAUAUGAUGUUAGAUGAAGAUUUCAAUUAUGUUAAUAAUAAUGUAUUAAGUCAUCACAAUGGAAUUAAUGAUAAAAUACAAGAUGGAUAUCACAAUCAUUGUCAAUUAAAUGAAGCAUCUGUGAAUACAAAAGAUAGUAAGAAUAAUAUUUAUGAACUUUCGAAAAUUUUAAAUGAGAGAAAUGGAACAAAAUCCAAUGAUAAUUACUUAUUGAGAAAUAGUAAUGUUGUCAGUAAAUCAAGUGAUAUACUCAGGACAGAAAGAUGUAAUUUGUCUCAUCGUCAAACUGAACCAAAUCUACCUUCAUUACAUGUUGACCUGCAUGACUUUCUAAUGAAGCAUGAUGGGGAAAAAUUACGAAGAUUUCUUUUGUUGGACAUAUCUGGAAUUACUCACAUUGAUCCAGCUGGGGCUGCUGCACUCACUGAAAUACAACGAAAUUUGUAUAAAAACAAUCUCUUUGUGAUCCUAUGUGGAGAUCCAACUCCAUUCAAAUGUUUAUCUGCAUGUGACUGGUAUGUCUGUCCUGGAUUGAAAUCAAUCUAUCCUACAUUAUAUGAUGCUGGAGCUGUUUGUGUUAAGUUGCUUUGUCAAGAUGAAUCAAAUCCAAGGAGAAGCUCAGAAUCACGGGUAAAUGAUACGAAUAGCGAAUAAGCGAAUUGUGAACCGGUCACUGUUGGAUCACCAUUGAAAACCUGGAAACACUAGACGGCCGUCUCGUCCUAGUAUGGGGCUUCUCAGUAGUGAUUGUUUGGUUUUCCGUCAGUUAAAUCAUCAACCACCUUUCACUUUAUUUCGAGUGGUAAUUCUUCGUUAUUGAACACAACGGCAUGUGCACACAUAUAUUCACUGAUUGUGGAUUGACGGGACAUUUUAAUCAGCAAGCUGCAUAUUACCUAUUAACAAAAUCAGCGAUAUUUUAGACUGAUGAAAAAUACACUUGUAUGCUUAGUUUUUACUAUCAAGUUAAGAGUUGUGUUAAAUCUGAUCCAUUAAAAGUGAUAACAAUAUUCAUGCUUAUCACAUUCUGUCUAUACUUGCUAAGCAGUUAAUGAGAUCUGUCUCACUGACCUAGAAGGUGAUGAAACCGAUGAGAAAACAACAAAUUCGCGGUCUUUUUUUUAUCAAAAAUAUUGAUCUAGUUAGUUUGCAUAUGAUUUAAUGUUCUCGGAGGUUAAUUCGCCUUUUCAUUCCAGUCAUUAGCAUCAAGCUAACUUCUUUAAAUAGAAAACGAAUGUUAAACGUUGAUCACAAUUACUUUCCACAUACCAGAUUAUAUGGAGGUCGAUGAGAUGACUAGCUAUAUUGCAAGUCUGGAGUAUGAGAAAUAAGCAGUAUUUAAUACACUCAGUCAUUGAGUAAAAACGUUCGUACUCAAACUAUGAGCUGAAAUGAAGAAGUGGAUUCACAGUCCUAAACUCAUGACUGACUAAACUAUGUAGCUGAAAUGGACUCUAUUUCAAAUGGAAAGUUUCAAACUGUAUUUUAUUUGACACAAAAUUGAUUGUCUAGCUAAGAUCAAAUCAUGAUGUAAACUAUGAAGAUUCAAUAAUUUCCACAUGCACCUUAUACCAAAAAAGAAUAUUAACGUGUUAUUUAGUGACGGAUUUCAAGAUGUAAUUCCAGGAGUUCUGAUGAUACUUUGUGGCUACUGGAAGUUAGACAUGUCGGGUGUGAGGCACUUAUCCACCAACAGAAAUAACGGAUUAUUUCGCGACAGCGCAGAUUGACUAAAGUUGGACACAUAAACCAUUAGAACCUGACUCAGUAGAUUUACUAUUAGACUCUUGCUGUAGAUGUGAAUAUCUUGGGUUGGAACCCCUGAAGAGAUGAUAGAUGCGCUAAGCUAAGUAAUCACACACUAGGAUGAAACAGUCGUCUAGUACUUCCUGGUUUUCACUGGUCGUUUAACUACAAUCAGGAAAAACGCGCUAACAACAACAAAUAACACAUAAUACGUAUCCUUAAAAUGACCAAACAGAUCAAUCAACUUAAAAUGACUCAUUCAUUUAGUAGUAACUAUGUGGCUUAAAAAGCAUAAAUUUAGAGAACGUGCAAAUAGACUAUAAUAGUUAAUGUUAUUGUAAAGCAAACUUACUAAGUACUUAUUAAAAUGAGAAGAAUUAACUGCUCAAUUUUCAGUGAUUCACGGGACUUAACUCUAUAUUAUGCUACAAGGAUCCUUGAAAAUGAAAACAAAUUUAUGUCUUACAUGUGAUUUAUGGCAGAUCAUGCUGGAAACAUGAACGGUUUAGAUAUUACGAUAGAUUACUAAAAUAUUAAAAGAUAUUAGUCCAAAUCUUCAAAAGAAAUGUUAAUUACUUUGAUACGUCAGAUAAAAUGAACUGUCACAAUCUUUGUGGACAGGUUAUCUUUAUUUAAUCCAACCUUUCGCUAUAAAGAUUAUCGCCUAAUUUCAUCCCAUAAAAGUUUCAUAAAGCUUUAUUUAAAUAAUUAAUCUUUUUAAGUAAAUUGUGGACUCCAGGUAUUUGUAUUUCUUUACUGUUAAUAAUUAAACUGACUUUGACUAUUCCUCCAUUCAGCAUAUGGGUUUCUGUAACAAAUGUUUGAAUAUUGCAUAGAUUUAUAAUUCACUUUUAUUAAAGAUCGUUGGAUUAGCAAUACG